AUGAACAGUCUGAACACGACCUCGGUCUCCUUGGCCGUUACUCCGACAGUAGUUUCCACGUUGUUUUCCCAUUACCUUAAUCGGAAGCCACUGAAGCAAAAACCAACUGCGCAUCUGUCUUACGACGAGGGUCUUCAUCUGAUACGGUCGUUUCUGGAGUUUGCCUCGCACCACACCGUAGAGGAACUGCAAGCAUUCACCUCCCAAUGGGUUCCUAGCCCCCGAUGGAUCAAGGUCCAAGUCGCCAAAAUACCAGACGAGUUUCUAUCCCGAUCAGCGGAACUCGUUCAAUCUCAACUGGGACCGGACGGCAUCGUCCAGGUCGGCGGCAGGCAGUGGUGGCAAUGGAGGAAGCCGAAGUCGACUUUUGAGGCCGAAUGGAUCGAGAUGCGCGCCCACUACAAUGCGAGAAAGGCAAUUGAUGACCCUGGGAGGCGCGUGAUGUUGUAUGUCCAUGGCGGUGCGUACUUCUUCGGGAGCGUCGAUGAGCACCGGUACCAAAUGCAGCGCCAUGCACGCAAAUUGAAAGCAAGAGUUUUUGCCCCGAGAUAUCGUCUUGCACCACAGUUUCCCUUCCCAUGUGGACUUCAGGAUUGCUUGGCAGCAUACUUGUAUUUAAUCUCUGUUCAGGAGCCUAGCACUAUCCUCCUGGCGGGCGAUUCUGCUGGUGGGGGGAUGGUGAUGUCCAUGUUGUGCGUGUUGCGCGACCAGGGCAUCCCUCUUCCUGCCGGAGGUAUUCUCAUCAGUCCUUGGGUCGACCUCACGCACUCAUUUCCGAGUGUUGCUGCUGAUGCUCCUCUCGAUUACAUUCCGCAGUCUGGGUUCCAUCACAAGCCUUCUCGCGCCUGGCCUCCUCCAAAUGAUGACGAUAUUGCGACGUUGCGAGGGGAGGCAGUCAAGCGAGCAAAUAAAACGGCAGCCAACGACAACGCAAGAGACUUUCCCGCCAUGACGAAUGGCGAAUCCGCAAAUAAGGAUGAUGCAGCUGACUCGGUAGGAGAUGCGACUCAUCCACCCAAGCGGUUGACUGUCAACGUGGACGGAAAAAUGGUAGUUAUCAAAGACCAAAUCCAGAUGUACACAACAAACGCGCUCUUGGAUCAUCCUCUUGUCAGCCCUAUCAUGCAAACGACUCUAGGCGGGCUGCCUCCGUUGCAAAUCAUUGUUGGGGGCGGCGAGCUUCUCCGUGACGAACAAGUCUAUCUGGCUCACAAAUGUGCAAAUCCUAGGAAAUACACACGACCGCUUGAAGCGAUUUCGAAAAAAGAAGUCGAGUUGUUGGAAAGGUACAAGCCCACAGAUGUCCAACUGCAGGUGUGGGACGAUUUGUGCCACGUCGCUCCCACGCUUAGUUUUACGAGGCCCGCCAAGUUUAUCUAUCGAUCUGUUGCUCAGUUUGGUGCCUGGGCUUUGGCCAGGGCCCAGAAAAGAGGCAUCGAGAUUAUGGACGACGAUGAAAUCUCCGUCAUUUCCAACUCAGGCUCCGAUACAGACGGUGCAGAGAUCGAUCAGCAAACGAAGGAGGGGAAACCACAAACUGAAUUGAGAGAGCCUGGGCAAGUUGGUAAGGCCGGGGACCCCUUACCGCGCUUCAUAAACCACAUGGUUCGACAACGAGUCACACGUCAUGGCAUUACUCUUCCUCUGGCCGCGGAGACAGAACUUCCAGGCUGUUGUAUGAAUGCUUCUGAAGUCGGUGUAGCUAAGGAGGGGACCGUGAUGCGGUGGCGAGCGACCAAGGAACAAUGGGACAGCCGUUAUUCAUUAUCAAAAAUGAAAGUGCAUAAAAAAAUUGUCAAGGAUAUGGUGACAGGAUUCCAAGACUUCGGGGUGGGCGAGUACCCCCCGCCGACAGCCCUAGCCGGCCGACGGUUAGUCGAAUCAGAUAUUGUUGAGAAGAAAACCAGGAGCAUGGGCUUAUCACUUUGGUCCCUAUGGGGAUCCAAGCAUGACGAGCUCACCGUCGAACGAGAAAAAGAAGCCGACAAGACACCCGAGUUACAGGACGUGACCGGUGCCGAGGGGCGAGGGGCAAGAUCUUACCAAGACAUUGAAUCCCAACAACCUGGUUCGUCAAGGCCGGGUAUUGAAAGCAGAAGCAGGUCUCGCCGCAGAACCGUAGUAGACGAGCAUCAAACAGGGGAGACUGGCCUGGACGGAGAUACACCAGUGGCACAAUUGAUCGAGCAGCGCAAGAAACAAGAGGCUACUCAUCCUGGACUUUUGAGUCCCAGUUAUGUUCCUGAAACUGGAGUCGCAGGGAAGCGUCCCUUCAUAGAUGGCAUUGCACUGCCGUUCAGCCUUAAGAAUGAUGCUGAGACCGCAAGCAUGGUCACCUUGAACUCAGCAGUAACGCCAACAGGCGAGGGCCCUCGUCCCCUCAGUCCGCUGGGUUCCCGUAUGGACUUGUCUGUUCAGCCAGAGGCAAACGACGCGGUGAGAGCCGAAAAGAUGCUUGCAGCUAGAACCACUCGGCCAACUACUGUCUUGAGCUCUAAAUUGGACCAACAUCCUCUGAUCAGGGAGCCAGAGCAGACUUCAGCCUCUAAGAAACUCACUCCCGUGGCAGCUUUCAAGCGGGCCGACGAGCGACGUCCGCCAGCAUUGGCAACCUGCAUGAUGGAUGGGUACCCUUCCGGCAGUUUGGAUCACAAUGUUCCCUUUCUAGUCGCUGCAGGCCUGAACUCAGCCGAGCCAGAGCUUGACUUGCAAGGCGAGCUGGGCACCCAAGGGCAGUUGAUCAAGUCGGACUUGCCGCCGCUCGAAGGCCGGGAAGCGCAGGUCUUGGAGAGGUACUUCGCCGAAGUCGACAUCCGGGGUACCUCUUGGGCGGUGGUUUCCAGGGACGAACCCUAUCGCUUUCGAAUCAAGACAUUGGGAAGGUCAUACCUUUUACCGCCUCGGAAAACACUAAUACCCGACUCUGUAGGCCCUCCAGAUCCAGGCGCGACAAUCCACUCUCCGUUUUCUCCGCUAUCUCAUGUGUCCGUGCUAUACCCCGACGGCCUGAUCGAUUCGCAGUGGAUUAAGAAACACCAGCAUCUUGUUCCUAGUAUAUACGCCUGUUUCUACUCGCUGUCCCAUGACAACCGACUCAAGUCGGAUGUGAAUGAAAUCAAAGCCACCCUAUCUCGAUCUGGCUUCAAGACGAGGGUUGCGAUAAUACUGUUUGGCAAUCAUGACAGUGGCACGGCAGUCCUUACAGAAGAGGUUCAGGACCGGUUGGAGAGUAUUCGAAGAGGAACCGCGCUAGACCCCAAGUCUAUAUUCUACAUGCCUACACAAGAGUCCCCCGCUGAGCUGAAAAGAAAAGUUGAUAAUAUUCUUGCUACUCUGUAUUCAAACGCGGUGGAAUAUUACAGAGACCUCGGUCGGCACGCAAGGAAAAAAAGAUCGCGUGGCUUUGCUCCGCAGCCAACGAUACCACCUACUACUGGGACGUCACAUACUCUUUCGUUGCCCGAUUGGAACUUUCGAUAUGAUAUGAAGACGGCCAUUCUGGCGGAAUUUCGCCAGGAGUUGGAUGCGGCGAUUCGAUCCUUUGAGCAGGCGUACGAGAUCUUACUGGGACAGGAUGUUUUUGACAUGAUCCCGAGUUGGAGCUCACGGUGGAACGAGGCUCGAAAGUUGGCAGACGUCAUCUCAAUUCGGUGCCUGCGGCUACACUUGUGGAUGGGCCAUACGAGUCUAGCCGUCAGAAGAUGGCAGACGCACAGAGAUCGGAUCGGCGACCUUGUGGACCGUAGAGGGCACGGAACAAACACAUACGGCUGGCAGGCCUGGGAGGCGAGGUGGGCUAUGGUUAUGGCCAACUUGAUAGAGAAGAUUGAGGUAUCUGGUUUGGUUCCGCCGUCGGUCACCAUAUAUCUACCACCAGAACGGGCGGUCUUGGGCGAGCGACUACAACCGUGGGAGCUUUUACACCAUACAGGCUACUGGUAUCGUAUGGCCGCACGGCAUCUCGGCGCUCGACGCACGCUUGCCCGCAUGAUGCCAGAUGAAGACAGGGAAGCACCGGAAUCUGCAGCGAAAUCUGCGAAGAGCAGUUAUGACACUUAUAUGUGUCCGCCGCCUCAUCAAGAACAUCCUCUGAGCGGAGAAGGCGGUGUCAACCACGCUCAGUUGAUAAUAGACUGUCUCAUUGCUUCAAGGACUCAAUUUGAAGCUAGGGGCCAGCUGCGGCUUUCCGCAGAGCUUUCAUUAGAGUGCGCAAAGGAAAUGGCCACGUUGGGCUCGUGGGAAGAGGUUGUAGCCAUUCUGCGACCUCUGUGGGACAGUGGCUCGUAUCGAGUUGACAAUUGGCUGGAUAUAUCUGAAGACUUGUGUUGGUUAUUACGCCGGGCAGCCAAAGAAACCGGGCAGGCCGAUCUUGUUGUUGCCGCGGACUGGGAGUUGAUGAACAAGAAGUUUUCAAAGCGGCAGCACUGGCGCUAUGAUCUGUCACAAUCGCUGGAUGGAGUGACUGUUGGGGAGAAACCGUGGAUUCAGCUGACGGAUGCAUCAUCAUCUCCCCUCAUUUCGUCAAGUUUCGUGUUCAGAAGCAAGGAGAACAAAGCCGGCGAUCUGUGCCUGGCCCAAUUUACGCUGAUUUCGAACGCUAUGGCAGAUUCUAUGCCGAUAUCGCUUUCUUCUGUGAAGAUAUCGUUCGCAGGCAGUUUAAGACCCAUUUUUCUUCAACACGGCUCAACCGAGGAGGAGAUUUCUUUGAUUACAAAAGUGCCACUGGAGGAACAGCUGUCCACCGAUGGAUCGGGCGACCUGCCAUUAACACUCAGUGGAACCUGCGAUUUGACCUUGAAGCCCGGACAAAAACAUGUGUUUGAGAUGGCGAUUCCGUUGAGAGAGUCGGGAGACGCCGAAGCGUCCACAGUCGUCGCCACGUACAGGCACGAAAGGUUUGAUCUUCAGUAUACAAUGUCGUUCAGGGAAACUGACCAGGUUACCGGAUGGUAUGUCAAGACUUCAGACAAGCCACGCCAGUUGAGAGCCAAUGCCAGGAUACUUCACAUCAAGCCGCGGCCACCCAAGCUUCGAAUCAGCCUGCGUGAAUCCUGGAGCCAAUGUUACACGAACGAAACAGUGGAACUUGGAAUAGAGCUGCGAAAUGAAGAGGAGGAAGCUGCCAAUGUCAAGCUAGACGUCCAUCUGUAUGGAGAAUCCGCCCCGUCGUUUAGGCUACAGGUUGGAGAGCAUGAACGAAUUGGAGAAACGGGCGCGGAGGAAAGCAAGGCAUUGGCGGCGCCUGUAGGUAUCAUUGCUAACGGUGCGGUGGUUGAAUUGAAGCUGGCUAUUGAUCCAACAAUGGUGCCUACAACGUACGACCUUCACAUGCAAGCAACCUACCGCCUGGAGUCGGAUACCGCAACACCAAUUGUACAAGUCCUAUCUCUGCCCCUAGACGUCGUGGGGCCAUUCGAGGCGAAUUACGAUUUGUUACCGCGGCUACACCCAGACCCAUGGCCCAGCCUCUUCGAUUGCGAAGGAGUGCACAUGGCCACGGAGGAGGAGACGGCGGCUCCGCCUGCAAAAGGGUUUGCGCAGAAAUGGUGUCUGGUGUGUCACUAUGCAUCUUUUGCUGUGGAGGACUUGAAAGUCCUGGGAAUGGAACUGCAGGUUGUGUCUUGCACGGGAGGAGCCACAUGCACAGUGACGAGUCGACCUGAAGUAGGAGAGGCCGGCAUGACUGUGACUCCCAAGACGAUACACGAAGCGCAGUUUGACCUCGUAGCACACAAGCUCAGCCUGGACGAUGGACACGCUGCCACUCUAGAUCUGGCGUUCAUGAUCCACUGGAAGAGGGAGACGGCCUCGGCGGAGAGCCAAAGCAAUGUCACGACGAUGCCAGUAGGACAAUACCUUGUGCUGGGGACGGAGCCUAGAGUGCUGGCGUCGGCGCUCUACUCCAACCCCACGGCAUCGACUAAUCUUCUUCAUUUAGACAUUACGAUUGAGAAUCCAUCCAACCACUUUCUCACGUUUGGGCUCGGCAUGGAGCCCAGCGACUCGUUUGGAUUUUCCGGUGCAAAACAGACAACAAUCAACUUGUUACCAGUGUCACGAAACACGGUGAGAUAUAGACUCCUGCCGUUUGUUCGGGGCGAUUAUAUUCGGCCCAGUCUCGUGGUACGCGACAAGUAUUUCCAGAAAGUGCUGCGCAUCAUUCCCACGGAGGGCAUGAAGAUUGACAAGGACGGGCUGCUGAUAUGGGUACCCGGGGAUGAUGGGAAACACUCGGAGACGGAGGCGGCAGAGGCAUGA